AUGGACUCGCUAGAGAUCCCUACUAGAGUUGAGCCUAUCAGUCAGGGACAAACUCAAGAUACUAUGGGUGCGUCAGGUUCUCAGACUUUGAUGGUUUCAGAGGUAACUACCCCGACCGUACCACCCGCCACACCCACUCCUACCGUAUUUACGGUACCACCAGCGAUACCACUGGCAUACUCGACACCACCACCACCAGUGCCUACGGCAUAUCAGGCACCACUGCCACCGGUGCCCACUAUAUACGCGGCACCCGCACUAGCAGUAGCAGUUGCUCCACCUCUGGUACCACCACCCACCAUACCUCCUGUCGCGCCCACCUAUGUUGACCCUGCAGUGCCACCAAUGGCACCUGCCUUAGUCUAUGCUGCAGCACCGGGGAUGCCUCCCCCGGACUAUGCAGCGGUACCACCUGUUAUACCAGAUCCAGUGGUUCCGCCAGUUCCUGCAGCCGCCCUUACUCACCUCACUGAUAUAGUCGCGACACGAGCCCGAAUUCCAGCACUGACAGAGUCGAUGAACAGUUGA